CAGCGUAGCGACAAACUUGUUAUCCGCAUCACUCGGCGUGCACAGUACGCCCGCUGUUUGUAUGUGUGGGAGGGUGAAGAUGGUCAGAAAACGGUCGAGUUAAUAUCGAGAGACAGCUUUUUUGUUCUUAGAAGGAGAGGAAGGUGCAUGAAUGCGACAGACACGCCGCUGACUGUCGGUGAAGACACAGAAGAGUUAUUAGCUCCAACAUUUCUCUCUUGACUGUUACGACACUGCGGCUCGCGGGAAGCCCGAAUUGAACAACGUUAUGUGGGAACAGGAGGAAUUUGCAAAGCACUGGAGGAAUGAAUUUCCCGACGGAAGAGUACCUAACAUGGACUUGAACUCUGUGGAGGACAUCGAGUCGGAGCUGGAGACGAGUAAGGCCAACCUGAAGAGGCUCCAGAAGGCGCUGGCGGAGGAGAAAUUCAAGGUGAUUUACCUGCAGACCACCAUGGCUCGACAGAAGAGAAACGACCCGCAACGGUUUGCAGGCAAAGACGAAAACUUUAACGCGGACCCAUUUGGCUUUUGUAAAACGGGGGAUAUUCGGAGACCGCAGCGGCGGGAGGAUGAGGGCGACGGGCAGAGGACCAAGGUGUCCGACUCAGGGGGCGUGAAGCUCCACGCGGCAGGUAACACGGCGGGUGUCAUGAGCUCUUUCGGGCGAGGCAGGUUCAAGACUGGUAAGCCCGUUCCCAUCCCGGUCCCGCCACGGAAACCCAGCUUUCAGAAAAAGGACCCUGUCCCAGCUCGCGUCUGUCUACCGAAUGACAACGAGGCGGGCAGCGACCGGGAAUACGAAGAUACGGAGCUUAAUGAGAAUUUCGUCAGGAGUAACUUGUUGGCACCAAAUACCGUCGGCAGGGACAACCAGAGGACGCCCAUCGGCUACCGGGACCCCCGGCGGCCCUUCCGCCACAGCAGGGACUUCGACUCCGGCGACGACGGCAGGCUGUCCCCGUCCAUCCCGCAGGUUCACCGCAGAGCCUCGCGCGGCUCCGGGUGCAGCACCCCCGACAGGAGGAGCGAUGGGUACCUGAGCUCCGACCACGACGACUCCUCUUCUGCAGACUUCAACUACAACACAGAUGGCUACGAGGGGGACGCAGCGGAGGACGGCAAGUCUCAGGACGGCUCAGAGACGCUGCCCUACAUAGACGAAUCACCCACCAUGUCGCCCCAGCUGUCCGCGCCCCAAGGGCCCGACGGGGAGGCGGUGUCCCCUACACCACCAGAGGGCCUGCUGGCAGGGGGAGACAUCGAGAAAGGACUGGAGAUGAAGAAACUGGUGCUGUCUGGUUUCUUGGCCAGCGAGGAGAUCUACAUUAACCAGCUGGAGGCCCUGCUACUGCCCAUGCGUCCUCUGAAAGCCACGGCCACGAGCUCGCAGCCCGUCCUGACCAUCCAGCAGGUCGAGACCAUCUUCUACAAAAUCCAGGACAUCUUUGAGAUCCACAAGGAGUUCUACGACGCCCUCUUACCCAACAUCCAGCAGUGGGACGAGAAGGUCACCGUAGGGCAUUUGUUCCAGAAGCUGGCCAGCCAGUUGGGAGUGUACAAGGCCUUUGUGGACAACUACAAGGUGGCGCUGGAGACGGCAGAGAAGUGCAGCCAGGCCAACGGACAGUUCCAGAAGAUAUCUGAGAACCUCAAAGUAAAAGGUCCUAAAGACUCCAAAGAUUGUACCACAUCUGUCACAAUGGAGGCUCUCCUCUACAAGCCCAUUGACCGUGUGACCAGAAGCACCCUGGUUCUUCAUGACUUGCUGAAACACACUCCUAAGGACCACCCGGACUUCCCGCUGCUGCAGGACGCUCUGCGGAUAUCUCAGAACUUCCUCUCCUCCAUCAACGAGGAGAUCGACCCUCGCAGGACUGCCGUCACCACGCCCAAGGGAGAGGCUCGUCAGCUGGUGAAGGAUGGCUUCCUGGUGGAAGUGUCGGAAAGCUCCAGGAAGCUUCGGCACGUCUUCCUCUUCACCGACCUGCUGCUCUGUGCCAAGAUGAAGAAGACGGCUGUGGGCCGCCAUCAGCAGUACGAGUGCAAGUGGUACCUCCCUCUGGCGGACUUGACUUUCCAGACCCUGGACGACUCCGACUCCUGCCCCAGUAUCCAGGUCCUCCCCGAGCACGAGAUCGAGGAGAUGAAGAUCAAGAUCUCAGUCUUAAAGAGUGAGAUACAGAAAGAGAAGAAAGCACCGAAGGGUCAGAGUCGCGUGGAGCGCCUGAGAAAGAAGAUGAACGAACAGGAGUCGUGGCUGCUCCUGAACUCUCCCACCAUCCCCUUCCGCAUCCACAACAGACAUGGAAAGAGCUACCAGUUCCUCAUCUCCUCCGAUUAUGAGAGGUCCGAGUGGAGGGAAAGCAUCCAGAAACUCCAGAAGAAAGAUCUCCAGGCGUGUGUAUUAAGCUCUGUGGAGCUCCAGGUCCUGACCAGCUCCUGUUUCAAACUCCGAACUGUCCACAACAUUCCUGUCACAAGCAACAAAGACGAUGAGGAGACUCCUGGCCUGUACGGCUUUCUGCAUGUGAUCGUCCACUCCGCCAAAGGAUUCAAGGAGUCAGCCAAUCUCUACUGCACCCUCGAAGUGGACUCGUAUGGGUACUUUGUCAGCAAGGCCAAGACCCGAGUCUUCAGAGACACCACAGAGCCACAUUGGAACGAAGAGUUCGAGAUCGAGCUGGAGGGCUCCCAGUACCUGCGGAUCCUUUGCUACGAGAACUGUUACGACAAGAGCAUGCUGAACAAGGACGACAACGAGAUCGUGGACAAGAUCAUGGGCAAAGGGCAAGUCCAGCUGGAUCCUCAGACUGUGCAGUCCAAGAACUGGCACAUGGACGUCAUCGAGAUGAACGGGAUCAAAGUGGAAUUCUCCAUGAAGUUUACAAGUCGGGACCUCAGCUUGAAGAGAACGCCGUCCAAAAAACAGAGUGGGGUGUUUGGAGUCAAAAUCAACGUGGUGACAAAGCGCGAGCGCUCCAAGGUGCCUUACAUCGUCCGUCAGUGCAUUGAGGAAGUGGAGAAGAGGGGGAUCGACGAAGUGGGAAUCUACAGGAUCUCAGGGGUGGCCACUGAUAUCCAGGCCCUCAAAACAGCAUUCGACGCCAAUACCAAAGACAUCUUGGUGAUGCUGAGCGACAUGGACAUCAACGCCAUCGCAGGAACACUGAAGCUGUACUUCAGGGAGCUGCCGGAGCCUCUGCUCACCGACCGCCUCUACCCCGCCUUCAUGGAGGGCAUAGCGCUCUCAGACCCGGCAGCCAAGGAGAACUGCAUGAUGCACCUCCUACGCUCCCUGCCCGACCCCAACCUCAUGACCUUCCUCCCUCUGCUGGAGCACCUCAAACGGGUGGCUGAGAAGGAGCCCAUCAACAAGAUGUCCCUCCAUAACCUGGGCACCGUGUUUGGCCCCACUCUGCUCAGGCCCUCAGAGGCGGAGAUCACAAAGGGACAGCAAAUCACCUCCGCCUCUGACAUCUGGUCACAUGACGUGAUGGCGCAGGUCCAGGUGCUGCUGUAUUACCUGCAGCAUCCUCCCAUCUCCUUUGCUGAACUGAAGCGCAACACGCUCUACUUUUCCACUGACGUUUAAGCCCCACCCACCUCCCUCAGGGUGCCGUCUGGAGAGGAGAGAGUGAGAGACUCCGUUCAAACCCCGGUGCUCGCCGCUCGGUCCUCCUGCCUCACCUCUCCUCCCGGCAGGCGGCUCAUCUCGACUGUACAGCCCCCCCACACACACACACACACACACACACACACGCACACACACACAUCCCUCCUCCCUGCACCCCCACCUCACCCUCACAUCCCCCCCAAUCCUGAAAAGAGAUGUAGCCGAGCUUGAUGGAGGUGGUGAUGGAGAUUUCCCGGGUCGUCUACUCGUCACAUGUCACGUCCUGUUUGUAAUGUGAAGAGAGCAGAGCCGCCGGGCGCCUCCCACCGUCAAGACGACAAGGCAUUCUUGAACCGCGUGGGGGAAAGAUCGAGGGGCCACGGGGGCCCACGGCCCGGCGCGGUGGCACAGGAUCAAAGCCGUGUUGAUCUCAGAAACCAGGCGACUCAGCCUCCAGCUUCUUCUUCUUUUAUUUCCGAUCAGAGGCAUUCCAGAAAAAAUGGCAUUUAUACGUUUAAUAAUUCUGUUCAACAGCUGUUUUGUUUCCUGUUUCUGUCUUUCUGGCUUCAUGCAUGUGGCGGAGGAGGACGGGGGGGGGGGCUGAGCGGUGAGCGACGAUGUGGUUCUAUUUGAGUGAGUGAGUGUUUAAGGGACUAUGAGAACUUGUGAUGUUUAGAAGUGGCUGGGAAGCCAUCCUGAUAAAUGGCUGGUGAUGUGCCUCUCUGUGCUGACAAGCAAGAGAGAACCGCCCUCCCCACUGAGUCUAGGCCAAAUGAUCCCUAUUUAUUUUAAAUAUAUAUGAUAUGUGUGCCUGUACAGUUCUGUGCAACUAGAGAAAUGCUCUAAGGAGUCUGUUUUUUGAAGUUUAUUCAGGUAGUGAUGUUAUUUUUAGGCUGAUUUUCUUAUUCGCCAUGUCCAUGGUUGGUAAGCUGUACUGAGAAGAAGAAAAAUAAGAUCAACAGGAAGUCUGGCAGUUCAUUUCAGCUCACUUUGUAGA